AACACUACAGAAAAUGUAUUGAAUGUGUCAUAUGGCAACGCUGCAUGCAAAAUUAGCGCGUAAUUUGUGCGUAACAAAAAGAGAAAAUCUUUAAUAAAUAUGAGUGGCCGCAAGCACAAAGGAGCCGAAAACAUUGAAAACCUGUGUCCUGUAGCCAGAAAACGGUCGACAAGCAAGAACGGCGCAAUCGCCGCUGCAGCCACUGGGCCCGCAACCAAAACGUCGUCGGUUUACGAGCACACCUCCUCCCCGUCAGUGCUGACCUUUGAAGCACUGGAAGAAAUGGGCAUCGGGAUGUUGGAUUCUGAGGAGAGCAGUUCAUCUGCACUGUCAGCAAUAGCACUCGCUGUUAGCACCACCAGCGAUGAGAACUCCAAUGAGACUACGCCCUACGCCAAUGUGUCCCGUAUGGCACAUCAGCAGGCGCGUAUGAGUCUGAACUCGACGACAUCUACACUCGACAACAGCGGUGUCAACAAUACUAUUAUUGAGGUUUUCAAUGAAGAUACUCAGGAACGUUUUCUGCAGCAGUCUGCAGAGAAACUUCACGUUCUGGCUCAGGCUAAGCGCACGGCACUGGUCACCAGCGAAUGCAGUAGCAAUUCCAACUCUCCCAGCAAAAGGACUAGAAAUCCUCUGGCCACAGUCACCUGCAAUAAUCAAAUUGAGUCUUUGCUGCCACCGGUGCCGCAGCAGCAGCAACAGCAACAGACGCCCCUUAGCUUAAUGCCCUCAACCAGCAAGCAGGCGGUGAUGCGGCAAAAGAGACCAACGACGGCACCGCCGCCACCACAAACACUGACAAGCCGCCUGGCGCCCACUGACGAUUUCUUUGUCUACCGUACUCCCGUAAUGAGCGCCCAUAUUAGCAACGGUAUUAAUUACUUUGAAAAAUUGUCUGACGAAAUUUUGCUGGACAUUUUCAAAUGGCUACCAAAGAAGACGCUGCUGCGCAUUGCAACUGUUUGCCGACGAUUUAAUUGCUGUGCACAUGACGAGACUCUGUGGACACGUCUGGAUUUGGGACUACGAACGCUUUGUCCAAAUGCCCUGGAACAGGUGGUAAAGCGCGGUGUACCUGUACUUCGUCUAGCCCAAGCAGAAAUACAAGAUCCUGCAUUUACGUGCGAUCCAUCGUUCAUAGAUUUUCAGUCGCGUCUGCAAUAUUUGGAUUUGAGUCUUGCUUCCAUUUCACUCAACUCUUUGAGCACAUUACUAGCGCAUUGUCGGCAACUGAAAAAACUUAGCCUUGAGCAUGCCGAGAUAAAUGAUAAAAUUUGCUUUGAGAUUGCACAGAACAGUUCGCUGGAGACACUCAAUCUGUCGAUGGCCAGUGGCCUUAACGCAAACAACGUGGGUCAAAUGAUGGAGUCGUUAACCAAACUCAAUAGCCUAAAUAUAUCAUGGACUGAUUUAAGCGCUGAUGCUGUCACCGCACUGGUUACUCACAUACCGUCCAAUGUAAUCCGAUUGAACGUAGCCGGUUGCAGACGGGUUCUCUUCGAUAUACAUGUUGUUACACUGCAGAAACGCUGCCCGCAACUGCUUGAACUAGAUCUUUCGGACUGCAAUAGUCUAACACCUGCGGCACUUACUGCAAUCAUGAAAUUCAACAGUCUCGAAUAUUUGUCCGUUUCGCGUUGCUAUCUCAUACCCGCUGCUAGUUUUAUAGAACUGAAGAACAUGACGUCACUUACCUAUCUGGACAUUUUCGGCAUGCUCUCAGAUGCCGCCAUGGAAGUGCUGGAAAAGCAAAUGCCUAAAAUUGGGAUUAACAAGUUUAUACAUAGCUCGGUGGGACGGCCAACUGUAGGCACACGUCGCACCUCGAUUUGGGGAUUGCGAACACGCGACUGAGGCGCCCCCAAAUA